ACCCUCAAUUCUUUCCACAAUCGCACCAACACCAAAAACAUCAAACACCUUCUAAUUUACUAUGGCGUUUCAACUCAAAUCCACCAUCUCCCUCCUCAUCCUCGCCCUCGCCAUCUACUCUGCCGCCUCCGCCCGAAUCCUCGACGAGGAGGCGGCGGACCCCACCGCUACCACUCCCGCCAUCAAUGCCGGGGCGGGAGCGGGAGCAGGGGCAGGCGCGGGCGAGCACCCACUAACCUUCUUCAUGCACGACAUACUCGGCGGGAGCCGGCCCUCGGCCAUCGCGGUGACGGGCAUCGUCGCCAACCCGGCCGUGGGCGGGCAGGUCCCGUUCGCGAAGCCCAACGGCGCCGUCCUCCCCGUGAACAGCGGCGUCCCGACCAACAACGCCAACGGCGGCAUCGUCAACAACAACAACGUCCCCUUCCUCACCGGGCUGAGCGGCUUCGCCUCCAACGUCGGCACCAACAAUAACAACAACAACAACAACAACAACAACGGCAUCAUCGGGGGCAUGCCCGGGUUCCCCGUGCUCAACAGCGCGCAGUUCCCCUCCGGCAGCACCCUGCAGAAGCUCAUGUUCGGCACGAUGACCGUCUUCGACGACGAGGCGACCGAGGGCCACGACCUCGGGUCGGGGCUGGUCGGGAAGGCGCAGGGCUUCUACAUCGCCAGCUCCGAGGAUGGCAACAGCCAGACCAUGGCCUUCACCGUGAUGUUCGCCGCCGGGGGCUACGCCGACAGCCUCAGCUUCUUCGGGGUGCACCGGACCGCCGUGGCGGAGUCGCAUCUCGCCAUCAUGGGCGGCACCGGGAAGCACGUGAAUGCGAAGGGCUUCGCCAAGGUGAAGACGUUUCCCGGCGGCGGGCACGAGACCGAUGGGAUGGAGACGCUGCUGCAGAUCACCGUUUAUCUUGCUUACUAGCUUCCAUUUUUCUGUGUUUUUCUUUGUUUGAUUUCGGAAUUUGUGUGCUAAUAUGUAUGUUGCUCUUCUUCUUGUGAAAAAAAACACUCCAAUUCUCUA